AUGUGGGUAGAAACUGACAGCUUCGAGAUUGCUAAGUCUAUUGGCUCUUUGACAGAGCUUACAUAUCUCGGUCUUGGAGAGAAUCCUAUCCAUGGAAUUAUUCCUCCACAGCUUGGAAAUCUCUCCAAAUUGCAAGUUCUUGAUCUAUCAAGCUCUUCUCAAAUGGUUGUUGACAAUCUUGAAUGGCUCUCCCAUUGCACUUCUUUGAUGACCAUUUUCAUAUCAAAUUGUCUGCUUCCUAAGGUAGAUACUUCCUCUCUUUCCUUCACAAAUAAUUCCUUCCUUUUCCUUAAAUCUCUUCAACUGUCUGAAAAUUCUAUACACCCUUCAACAAUUACUUGGUUAUUAAAUUCUAGUAUCAAUCUUGAGAAGCUUGUGCUCACAAAUAAUGUCAUAGAGGGAACCUUUCCAAAUUCCUUUGGACACAUAACAUCUCUUGAAUAUGUUGACUUGUCAGGGAAUGAACUUGGCAUAAUGGGAGUACCAAAAUCCUUGAGCAACCUUACAAAACUUAAGUACUUAGAUUUGUCUCAUAACAAUCUUAAAGGAACUUUACAUGAUCUUUUAGGAAACCUAUUAGGAUCAACCAAAAGCUCUUUAGAAAAUUCGUUCAAUUCUAUAUUUGUUCUUGAUUUUUCUCACAACCUUUUAUCUGGAAGCAUUCCUGCUGAUUAUUGGGGGAAUUUUCAGUUUUUGAUUGUUCUAAAUUUAGCACACAACAUGUUGUCUGGAGAGAUCCCAAGCUCAAUUAGUAUGCCAAUACUUCAAACUCUUCAAUUGAGCCACAAUAACCUCUCAGGAACUUUGCCUUCUUCGUUGAAAACAUGUGGUUUUCUACGAAUUCUAGAUUUAGGGUCAAACAAUUUGACAGGACCAAUACCACCAUGGAUCGGAGAAAUACCAAAAAUAUUGGUUUUACUUAGUUUGAAGUCAAAUAAUUUUUAUGGAAGUAUACCAUUGAAUCUUUGUAAUGUUUCAACAAUGCAAAUUUUAGAUCUCUCCUCAAAUGAUUUAUCGGGGUCCAUUCCUUCUUGCAUUAAAAAUUUCAAAGCAAUGGUUGAAGAUUAUUAUGAUCCAAAGACCAUUAUUCCUUCAAUUCCUGUUGUAACUACUACCCCAGGAGUAGGGUUUGACGAUUCGUAUAUAAAUACUGCAUCAUUUAUAUGGAAAGGAACACAGUACAAAUAUGAUAAGAAUUUGGGAUUAUUACGAAUCAUUGACCUAUCAAAUAACAAAUUCAAUGGUGAGAUUCCUAUCGAAGUGUCUUAUCUUUCUCAAUUACGUCAACUAAAUCUGUCAUGUAAUAAUUUUUCCGGAGCAAUUCCUAGAAAUAUUGGAAACUUGAACAAGCUAGAAUUGCUUGAUUUGUCUCGCAACAAAGUUUUUGGUGAAAUUCCCAUAAGCCUGGCUGAAAUAUCUUCUUUGAAUUACUUGGAUCUGUCAAAUAAUCGAUUGUCAGGAAGAAUUCCUACAAGCACUCAAUUGCAAACUUUUGAUCCAUCUCGAUAUACCAUGAAUUUUGGACUCUGUGGACCUCCAAUAUCAAGAUCAUGCCCAGGAGAUGAGCCAUCUGAUCCUCAAUCUCCAGCUAAUGAUAGUGAUCAAGGUGCCCUCAAACCUAAUUAA